AUGAGUGAUUUAGCAUAAUUCAAAGAGUCAAGAAAACGUGGGAUUGAUGAGUUCCAUACGAGUCAAGACUUGAUCUACUACAUCAUUUCGAAGAAAUGGUUGGAAGAGUGGUUAGAGAGUGAAGAAAAAGGACAAACAUUUAACAACUACUCUUGUGUGAAUUCUGAUCUCAUUUUGUCCAAGCCAUAAACCAUCUUUAAGUAUGAUCCGAUUCAAAGUCAUAUGUGGAAUAAGAUAAUGCUUCCGAAUCUUUAAGAGGGAGUGGACUAUGAAAUUUUAGAUAAGGCAACUUGGGAAAUCAUUGCUAAAAAGUUCCACACAACAACUAUUGAACGAGAUGCCGUAAUUAUUAAUGGAAAGAAACAAGUGAAUGUCAAUCUUGUACCUUUAAAUUUAGGAGCAGUAUUUCCUUCUUCACUUCGCAAAUUCAAUGGAGGAAAAUCAGUAUCACUCAUAAAGGGAGACUAGUAUGUCAGUCGAACAUGCAAAUUAUCCUCAUUUAUAGAAUUGUUAGCAAACACUUUAUAGACCGUUAACGGUUAUAAUUUCAUCAAACAUGAUGGAAUCAGACUCUAUAAAUCUCCCUUAGGCAUGACUAUUCAAGAAAUUGAAAAGCAUAUCUCUGAAGAAAUUAAGGCUCUUGGAACCUAUGAUGAUGUAGUAUUCGAUUUCAAAGAUGGUGAAUAUUUGGACCCAGCCAAACUUGAAACUAUUGACGAUUGUCAAAUAGCACCAGGCUAAGUAAUUCUUGGAGAUUUCAAAGAAAUGUAAAAAAAUUGGUCCAUUAAACAUCCCAAUUUUCCAAUGGAAGGAAAAUGUGAAGGAUGUUAUAAUUUCAAAGUCCUUCAAUUUCCAUGUGAUUGCAAAAAAGUAAGCUAUUGUACAGAAGAAUGCAAAAAAAGAGAUGAGGCAUACCAUUUACCUAGAUGUGAAAAGACAGAUUCUGAUGAUGAAACUAUGGAUAAACUCUAAAGAAAUGAAAAUUCUAUGGAUGGCAAAGUUGGAUUGAAAAAUCUAGGAAAUACUUGUUUUAUGAAUUCAGGAAUCCAGUGUAUUGGUAAUACAUUCCCAAUAAGAGAAUACUUGUUAUCUAAUCAAUAUAAAUAAGAUAUUAAUGAACUAAAUACCUUGGGUACCAAAGGAGAAUUGGCAUCAAAGUAUGCUCAUCUUUUGAGAAGAAUGUGGUAUGCUGAUAGAACACCCAUACCACCCUUCUCACUAAAAAGAGCUAUUGGAAAAUUUUAACCAUAAUUCUAAGGAUUCCAAUAGCACGACAGUCAAGAAUUGAUUACUUAUUUAUUGGAUGGAUUGAAUGAAGACUUGUGUCGUAUUAAACAAAAACCUUAUGUGGAGAGAAAAGAUUAUGAUGGUAGACCUGAUUUUGAAGUUGCUAAGGAAUCCUGGGAAUAAUUUAAGUUAAGGAAUGAUAGCAUUAUUGUUGACAAUCUCUAUGGAUAAUAUAAGAGUACUUUAAGAUGUCCAGUUUGCAAUAAAAUAUCUAUAACAUUUGAUCCAUACUUGAUGGUUAAUGUUAGUAUCCCUUAGAAUACAACUAAAAAGUUAGAAAUUCAAUUCAUAGAUCCAAAUUUAUUGUGGGAUUGCCAAACACUUGUCUAUAAUUACGACAAGGCUUAAGAUCCAACACUUGGCUUAAUCCUACAAUCUCCAGAAAUUUAAGAGAAAAUAUAACAAAUUAACCCAUCAGAUUUGAUUUAUAUCUGUACAUCAGCUUACUAACAUGAUGAUACAGACGAAAAUGAUAAAAUGUCAAGUUUAAGGAAGAAGUUGAAAUAUAAGAAGUUGUAUAUCAGAAAAGCUUUGUAAUCUGAACUCAACAUUGAAAAGGAAAAUAAAGUUUGCAUUAUGAUACAUGAAUCUUUCAAGUAGAAUGCCUAAUAUCAAUGGAAAAGAGAAAUUACUCCAGCCUUUAACUUCUAUUUUGAUAAAACCAAAACGAAACAUAUUGAUAUACACAAAUUCAUAUUCGACAUUCAUAUUGGAGUUUUGACAACCUUUGAAGACCUUCCUAAAUAUUAGGGCAACAAUUGGAGUGAAUAUUAUGAAGAACAUAUAUUGGACAAGGUUUAUUACUUAGAAUUCAAAUCCAAUUAAAAUUGGCAAGUUGAAUGUGCCUAUUGCGAUGCCAAAUAAUGUAAUGAUUGUGUAUGUGCAUAUGGUUCAGAUACUUCAAUUGAAAAAUAUUUAUAAAAAGAACCUAAAUUAGAAAUCGAAGUAUUUGUUGUUUGGAAGAGAGGCCUCAAAAUUGCCAGCUCUGUUGAUGAAUUAUACAACGAUUGGUCGAAAAAUCAUCAAAGAAUAUAAAAUAAUGUGGUUGAAGAAUUGCCUAAAUAACAAAAUGAUCAAGAAGUGUUAUAGGAUAAUGCAGAAGAUGCAAAACAAUAGGAAGAUUUAACUGAUGAAUAAUAGGCUUAGAAAUAAAACUUCAAUACAAGUGUUAUACCCUUAGGACCUUCAAUACCAACAAUUUAACCUACUAAUAUUAAGGUUGGAACAGAAAAAUCAAUGAAAUUGGGAGAAUGUUUGAAAUUCUCAGAAGAACCAGAACAAUUGGAUGAAGAGAAUACCUGGUAUUGCAAUUAAUGCAAAGAUCAUGUACGUGCUUUUAAAGUUAUGGAAAUCUACAAAACACCUAAAAUAUUGAUAUUCCAUUUAAAGAGGUUCAAGAACUCAAACAAGUUUUUCAAAAGCAAGCUUGAAACAUUGAUAGAUUUUCCAAUCCAAGAUUUCGACAUUAGAGAGUUUGUUUAGAAUCAUCAUUUGCCUUCAGAAUUUCAUACCGAAGACCCAGAAAAUCCUAAAUUCAAUAACCCUAUAUAUUAUGAUCUUUAUGCUAUUUCUAAUCAUUUUGGAGGAUUGGGAGGUGGACAUUAUACAGCCUUUGCUAAAAACUACUAUGAUAACACAUGGUAUAAUUUUGAUGACAGCUCAGUGUAUCCCAUCAAAGAGGACUCUGUUAAUUCAACAUUAAUUACAAGUGCAGCUUAUGUAUUAUUUUACCGUAGAAGAGAAUGA